UGACUGUUUCUUCAGUGGACCUAACCAAAAGGACAGUGGCUCUGAGGCAAGAGGAGUUACCCUUGUGCCACACCGUCUAGCUGCUGGCUGUGCAACCCUAAGGGGUGAUGGUGAUCUCCAUGCUUUAGGGCAGUGAUUUUUCAACCUUUUUCAUCUCAUGACACACACAAACGAAUUACUAAAACUCUGUGGCACACCAAAAAGUAUAUUUUUUACCGAUCUGACAAAAACAGUGUAAUUUUUAAUCAUUCACACCGGACGGCUAUAAAUAGUCAGACCCUGCAUGCUUUAAAAAUUCUUGCGGCGCACCAGCUGAAAAUUUCUGUUUUAGGGUGAGCGCCAGAGAGGGACCCUGGGCCCGGGCAGGGCGGAACGCCAAGGGACGAGUCCCGGGUUCAGUCGGCCCCUUCCUGCAUCCCCACCGCCUCCGCCCCGUCACUUCCGGCGUCCUUUCCGGCCGGUGUGAUGGUCUCAGACCCGAGGAAGGGCGGCUCUGGGCAGCGUGUUCCACAGCCAUGGAGCUGGAUGACCCGGCCGAGGCGCUGACGGAGCUGCGUGAGCGAAAGCUGAGCCUGUCGGGACUGCUGCAGGUGGCAGCGGGCUCGGGCCUGGCCGCCUACGCCGUGUGGGCGCUGGUACUGCACCCGGGCUUCCGCCGGGUGCCUCUGAGGCUGCAGGUGCCCUACGUUGGGGCGAGUGUGCGGCAGGUGGAGCACGUGUUGUCGCUGCUGCGAGGCCGUUCUGGAAAGCUGGUGGACCUGGGCUCUGGCGACGGCAGGAUUGUGCUGGCUGCCCACAGAUGCGGUCUCCGCCCAGCUGUGGGCUAUGAGCUGAACCCUUGGCUGGUGGCGCUGGCGAGGCUGUAUGCCUGGAGAGCAGGCUGUGCUGGCAGUGUCUGCUACCACCGUGAGGACCUCUGGAAGGUGAGCCUGAGGGACUGCUACAACGUGUCUGUGUUCCUGGCCCCCAGCGUGCUCUCACUGCUGGAGGGAAAGCUACAGGCAGAACUACCAGAGGGGGCCCGUGUGGUAUCCGGACGUUUUCCCCUCCCCACCUGGCAGCCUGUGGCUGUGGUGGGUGAGGGCAUGGACCGUGUCUGGGCCUAUGACAUCCACAGUGGUGGGCCAGUUGGGCAGGAUGCCCCAGCACCCAGUUCUGCCUUGGCCCCUAGGGUCCCUGAUCCUCAGACUGGCUGAUCAUGUGGACAUAAUAAAGACUCAGUGAGCUCCA